UACGUUCCCCGUAAAGUCGUAAACUGCAUCAGUACAGUAGGCAAAUUGUUGUUUAAGCAAUUAAGCAGUAAAAAGUUUUUCAGACUUCUGUUUUUUUAGUACUAGAAACCUUAGUGCAUUCUGCUGGUGUGUGUUAUUAUAUGAUACACGGUUUGUGAUAAAUUAUUGAUAAUCGAUUAGAAAUUGUAAAAGAGGAGCUGGAUUACGCUGGAUAGGUGCCAGUAGUAUGCUGGCAGACAGUGGCAGUAGUCAGUAGUGGUCCUUGUGGAACGAAGUGGAUAUUGGAUCACGAUUAACGGCGAUGGAGGAUGAUCGCACUAUUAUUAUGACUUACUGCUUACAAAUUGACCAUUGCAUCAGUUAAUAUUGACGGAUAUCGCUAAUAUUCACUACUGAAGCCUGGCACCGAACGGCAACAUUCGUAGUCAGUAUCAGAAGUUGUAAACUUUGAUCGAGCAGUGUGGGAAGAUUGACACCCCACCUACAUCAUGCGCGUUUCUGGACAAUUCGGAUUCGUAGCCCUUAUGCACUGCCUGUUGGCUGGUGAGAUGGUUUCUUCCGCGACUAUGAAACCAUGCGUGAACCUUUUGCCAGGACAAUUUCGCUGUGGUGAAAUGAAUGUGAACUCUUCAACUCAACAGCUAGCUGGAUGUCAGCCUAAUAAUAUGGCCAGAACACGGUGUAGCGUACCACCUGGAAUCGUGUGCGAGGGUCUGCUUGAGGAUAGAACAUUUUAUAAAUAUAUUCCCUGUAAAUAUACCAAUGGUUACUCCUUUGAAACGUCAUUGCUGCUGUCGGUGUUCUUGGGAAUGUUUGGAGUCGACAGGUUUUAUCUUGGUUAUCCAGGAAUGGGUAUUUUGAAGCUCUGCACUUUGGGAGGUUUUUUCAUCUUUCAGUUGAUUGAUGUAAUACUGAUUGCCAGCGGGGCACUGGGGCCAGCAGAUGGCUCACAUUAUGUUAUACCAAUGUACGGAGCCGGCAUCAACCGAAUCCCGAUGACGCCAAACCAGACUUACAUCCUCCCAAAUUUCCUGUGAUUUCUGUUUUGGAGCAGACUGACAUUCAAAAAUCUGACAUGCAAAUGGUUCAGUUUUUAUCUGUGAUAUGUGAUUACUUGUUAUUUGUUUUUAUCAUUGGAUCUGUUCAUACAAGUUAGUUGUGAAGUGGAAUGCAUUAAACUUAUCUGGCUUCAGUAAUUUUUAAUAAGCAGUAUAGCAAUAUGUAUGGUAAGCUCCUUUUGGAGUUUUGCAGUUGUUUUUGAGACGAGAAUAUUUCUUUAAGCCUAGCCGCAUGGA